AGUGUAUAAUCAACCUCUUGUGCAGAAGUGCUGGUUAAGUAAGUUCGGUUCAUUUAUUUCCAUAACAAGUGAUAUAAUGAUAAAUACCAUUACGAACAAGUUUAUAAUAAAUGGAUAGUAAAGCGUAAUGUUUUCAUGAAGUGUGAAUUUAAUACAAUUAUCAAGUUUGUAGUGCUAAAUAUAUAUGUGUGUAACACAGAUUAUAAAUGUUGCAUUAAUAUCAAUCCCAACCUCCUUGCAUUUUACCAUUAAAACGAAAUACAUUAAGUGAACCGUAAUUUAUAGCGCGAUUAUUUUAAAUACUUAAACGAAAAUUCCUUUGAAUCGUGGACGUAGAAAAGAUUUACGAUGGAUCAUUCCCAACACAGUAUACAUAACAAUCAUGCUCAUCAUUUAAUGAACCACGUAGAUGUCAAUAUGAAUCAUGACCAUGGAGCUAAUAUGGGAGCGACUACCAUCGAUCCAAUACAAGCGCAAGAUGUUGAAUCUAGGAGUCAUAUGCAUACGGAAGAAGGCGGUAUGAUACAUCAAAUGAUGUCCAUGUCGUUUCAUUUUGGAUGUAACGAAACGAUACUAUUUUCUUUUUGGAAUAUAAAUAGUGUUGGUGGCUUACUGGGCUCAUGUUUUUUCAUCUUUUUGGUAGCUAUACUUUACGAAGGACUUAAAUACUAUCGUGAAUUUCUUUUUUGGAAGACUUACAAUUUACUGGAAUAUCGUCCAGUAACAGGACCACAACGGAUUGCUGAAGAUCCACAACGUGCUACACCUUCGUCAAGUGUCUCGCCAGUGCAAUAUGUGGGCGAAGUCAUACACAAGCAACCUCCGACAAUGUUAUCUGUUAAUCAUUUGAUCCAGACAUUCCUGCACAUAAUUCAAACGACAGUUUCCUUCAUGCUCAUGUUGAUUUUUAUGACAUAUAACGUUUGGCUUUGCAUCGCUGUGGUGUUAGGAGCAGGAGUUGGUUACUUCUUCUUUUGUUGGAAAAAGUCAGUUAUUGUCGACGUUACCGAACAUUGCCACUAGCGUUGUAAGAAAUGUAUACAACG